UUUUGUUAGACAUGGCGAAUCUCAAGCUGCCGUGCUGUGGCCUCUUUGGUGGUCUGCUGGGCUAUCUCUUCCAAAGCAACACCGUACCAGAUAAUGCGCCGUCAUCUCCGCACUACCGCCCCCCUCUCCUUACCAAUUGGCACCCAUAUACAUCCCCUCUUGUCCAGCCCGAAGUCAUCGACAUGCGUGGAGGUGGCCACCUCGACAUGUACGUCGGCGAAGUCUUGCAUGCGUGGGGUAGCGGCGCGCCAUCCGGUACAGUGUAUGGCUUUGGAAGGGAAGGAUCAGCUCCUUCGUUUCCGGGUCCGACCAUCUUAACCGCGCGGAAUGUCCCCAUCUCCGUCACAUGGACCAAUCGCCUGGGUACGGCACCCCACUUGCUCCACCGCAACACCGAGCCGUCGUUCCUCGUGGAAGCGUCCGCGUGCUACCCAACAUGCGGCGUGCCGACGUCUGUGCACAUUCACGGGUUAGAGAAUCCGCCAAAAUAUGACGGCAUGCCCACCCAAACGUUUUACCACAACACAACGUUCAAGGCCAAGUACGCGAACCGCCAGUUUCCGUCCACAAAAGUCUACCAUGAUCACGCGUGGGGCCUGUCUCAGUUGAACAUGUGGGCGGGCAUGGUCGGGCUGUACGCCGUGCAAGACGCGGAAUUGGAAUCGAAGUUCCAUCUGGACAAACUCCCCGACAUGACGUUCAUCCUCCAAGACAAGCUCAUCAGUGCCGACGGCGCGUUGCUGUACACUGAGAAACUCACGUGUAGCCCCGUCGCGCCUACAAAGUGGGUCCCCCAAGCGUAUGGCAGUGUCAACACGGUGAACGGCGUCGUGAUGCCCUUCGCAACCAUCGACGCCAGCCGCGUCCGCUUUCGAUGGGCCAACGUCGCCAAUGCACGGACCUACACUCUGACAUUGCCGUUUGCCCAUCUGUGCAAAGUGGUUGCCACCGACGGCGGGUUCGUCCAUCGGCCGAGCCCCGUUCCAGUGACUGACUGGACGCUAUUUCCGCUCGAACGCGUGGAAAUGGUGUGCGAUUUUACCUCUGUCCCUGCUGGCACCACGUUUGACAUUGUCGACAAGCCGCUGCUUCAAGAAAGCGCGUACGUGUACGACGCGCGAGUGAUGCAGGUGCAAAUUACGUCAUCGCAAGGUGCUCGAGAAAAGCAACGCCAAGUGAGCCGCCGUCCUCUUCCAGACACGCUCGUGGCGUUGAAAUCGCUGCGGCAAUUGCACGUCGACACGUUGGGAAUGACCAGACAGGUCACACUGGGCGAGCUCAUGGAUGGCCAUGGCUGCUCGACGCACUUGUAUUUACAAGAGCACAGCGCGAUAAAAGACGCGACCACAAUCAAAAGCACUUUGCACUGCACACUCGGCAAAGUGGAAAAGUGGGAAUUUAUCAACCCGACCGUAGGCCCCCAUCCGUUCCACUGGCACCUUGUGAACGCCCAGUGCGGCGAAACAGAAGCCACGAUCAACACGAACGAGCUCAAGGACGUGGUGGUGAUCCCGGCGCGCCCGGACGGCGGCGUCGCGCUCGUGUGCUACGUGGCGUGCACACCGGACGAGUUUCUGCUUGUCCACAGUACCCGGUCAGCCCACUCGUUCGGGUUCAACGUACUUGACGACCCGUACUUGGCUCACUGCCACAUCAUGGAGCAUGGCGAGAAUCAAAUGAUGGCGUGGUUCCAACUCACGGCCAAGGAUGUGGACAACUGAUUGAGCAUAGUGGAAUAAGUACAGUAGGAAAUGAACCUCACUCGUCGAGCAUGCGACACUACUACUUACUACUCAAGUACUAUUAAUAGUACUCGUAAGUAGUAGUACUAUCGUUCGUACAGACGACUCACUAACAGCAUGCUAUCAGUAAUCACAACACCCCGAAACCCAGUGAUUGGUCGAGUUCAAAUUUG